UGAACCCAGUUCAUCUAAAAGGCUAGUGGGAAAGAAGAAAAUUGGGGUUAUAUUACCUUAGUUAUUUGUCAUUUCUAGUAAAUAAACAUUGUUUUCUCUAAUUUUAUCUAAUAUAAGAGUAACUUUAUAAUGGAAAGGGAUUUAGAACAACUUAAUUCAGCCUUAAACGCAAUAAAAGUCUUAAGAUCCAACGUCAGAAGUGUAUUUGAAUCUGUAAGUAACGGCUUGCGAGCAGACCAUGGAGAUGAGGGAAAAGAAACCAAAUUUAUUUAUGAACUACAAGAACUUCUUACCACAGUAAACAACAAUUUAAGAGAUGUUGAAAAUGCUGUUUCAAAUCUAUCACAACAAGCUGGCCCCUUUAGUCUAGGAAACACCACGUAUUUAAGUCAAGAAACAACUCAAGAAAGGCAAGCAUUAUAUGGACAAUUGGUCAAUAGUUAUAAAUGGACUGAUAAAAUACGUGAGUACAGUGCAGUAGCUGGCAAUAUUCUUGCAGCCAAUUCUUUUAAUAAGACAUACAAGACUUAUAGUACAGCGAAAAGGAGAAAAACGCCUACAAGUAACCAUAAUGUAGCACCAGAAGUAAUUGAAAACUUGAUUUCAAGUAUAGAUAGACUCUUUCCUGAUGUCACAUUUACUCCCAACAGGCCGUUGGUACCAAAUCCGAUAAUUCAGAUAACUCUAGGAAGAAUUUUGAAAGCUAUCAUUGCUUUCAAAGGACUGAUGAUCGAAUGGGUUGUGGUAAAAGAUCGUUCAGAAUCGAAUGAUCUUUGGACAGAAUCUCGCUAUAAGGUUUUUAGAAAAGUCACUGAGAAUUGUCAUGCAGCAAUGUGUCAUUUUCACUCUCCAAUGAUGCCUGAUUUAGCCGUGCGAUCGUUCAUGCACUGGUUUCAUAGUUACAUUACACUUUUCAAUGCGCCUUGUAAAAGAUGUGGAAACCAUCUAAAUUCCAACCUUCCACCAACCUGGAGAGAUCUCAGAAGUUUGGAACCUUAUCAUGAAGAAUGCAAAUAA